AUUUUUCUUCACAAAGUCAAACAAUAUCUUAAAACCUACCUCGAUCAGAUAUGAGUCAUCUAUUGAAUUUCCCUUUGUCUCUCCCUGUAAACAAAAGAUGAAAAUGAUAAGGUACUCAUGAUACAUAAUCACACUACUUUUGGGCUCUCUAAUCCAUUUUUCCCUCUUCCCAAAGUAUAAACUUUCCAAAAAAAGUGCUUCCAUUUCAACGUCCCAUGUAUUCCACCUCAACCAACGCUUCGGCCGCGCCAGAUCUCUCAUUACAUAUCAGUCCACCGGCGAAGACGACUUACUGCGCCGGUGAUCCCUCGUCUCAUUCAACCAGCAGUGGCAGCGAUCUGAGCCACGAAAAUGUUAUCUUCCACACUAAUCAAGUUGUUGAACCCGAACCCACUCUGCGGCUAGGGUUGGAUCGCCACUGUCAUCGGCCUCAGAUGUACGGAGGAAGAGAGUUCAAGAGAUCAUCCACAAGGAAAAAUGUCCGUGCCCCGCGAAUGAGAUGGACCUCCACUCUCCACGCCCAUUUCGUGCACGCCGUUGAGCUUCUUGGCGGCCAUGAACGAGCAACUCCUAAAUCUGUACUGGAGUUGAUGAAUGUGAAGGAUCUAACCCUAGCUCAUGUGAAGAGCCACUUGCAGAUGUACAGAACAGUGAAGAGCACUGACAAAGGAACAGAAAUUGGACUGAAACUGCAUACGACAAGAAUCGAAGAUGAGGAUCAGUGCAGUGUGAUUGCACCACCACCACCACUUUGCCUAUCAUCAUUACAUAACAACACUACUUUCCAACACACUCACAGACGGCCAUUAUCUAUAGAAGAUAUUGUAGUGCGACCCUCGAGCCAAGUUGACCCUCAAAAAAAUUCUCUACAAGGAGUUGAUGUAUCUAAGGAAUAUGAUGUAAGGGCCGAGGGCAAAACUUCAUCUUCUGAUGUGUUGGUGGAUUUAGAAUUUAAGCUUGGAAGAUCAAUCUGGCUAAUGGACCACUCUGAAUGCUCCCUACUUAGGUGUUAAUUAUUUUAAUUUCAACAGAUUAUUAGUAAUAUUCUUCCUUGCGUUGAAUCAUGGACAAGACAAAUAUGUACCCAAGGAUUUUCUAGCUGGCUUUUGAUAAUGUCUAUCGAAAAGUACAUGCAUUAGCAUGUACUAAAACUUAUUCAAAUUAAAUAACUUUGCUAAGUGUUUUUUUUAUUUGUAA